AUGCUUGAUCUGCACGAGCGAGAUAGACUGGAGUUCUCGCAGGAAGGACGAGCCUUGGCGCUGCCCCCACUGUUCAAAAUUAUUCACCGUGCGCAGGCUGAAAUAUCGGUGUUGGUGUGGGAAGCAGACAAACCCAGAGUCAUUGCCGCAUAUGCCGCACAGCUGUGGUCAAUCCUGUGGUGCCCGGUUGAAAUGCCCGCAUCCGUGUUCGCAAAUAUGCCACCCGGGCCCACAUCGCGACUGCUCAGCAAUGGGUCCGAAGGUAUCCUGCUUUUGCGGCAGGCACAAGGUGCAGACGACGUGCCAGAACACCAAAUAUAA